CUCGCCAAUGAUUAUGCUGACCGGAUGGCCUCAUUUGCGCAGAACCAACGCGGGGUUAUUCCUUCGGGGCCACUGGCAACUUUCUCGAUGGAUGAUUACACUAUGUUUGCAUCCGGUCAUGGUUUUGUUGAAAAUAACUUGUCCUCUUUCAUCAUUUCUAGGCUCGAGGAUUCUUAUGCGUUGAGCGACUCCUUUCGUCUAGCGCGAGCCCUGACUAUUGCACUGUAUGACAGUCAUCACCUGCCGGACUUCCCGUACACUCGGGCAUCUAACUCUUUCUCUGGCGUCGUACAAUUGCAUACCCGGUCAUCACAACUUGAUACCGCAGGAGGUGCGGCAUCGAUGUUUUCGUGA